GGAAAUUACGACCAAAAAGCAGAGAAGAAGACAGAGAAGGUGGUGAAACAGAAAUAAUGUAAUCAUCAGGUAUUGAGCUAAACUGUUCUACUUAAAGCGUUUUUAGGACAGAGUUCGCCUUUAUACGUUGUGUUAAAGCUUAACUCAGUAAUUUACUCGUGAACAAAGUCAUCUGCUUACUCAUAGCAUAAGUUAGUUAGCCAGCAUUAGCCUGGCAGCUGGCGUGAAGCCGCAGCAUGUCGGUGCAUUUCGAAGAGAGGAGCGGCGUCGUUCCCUGCAAGACGAGCUGGGGCUCCUGGUCUCAAACCAUGGAGGAGGUGUUUAUCGAAGUCGACGUGCCUCAUGGGACGUCAGGUAAAGAAGUCAAAUGCAAUCUGGGAUCCAGAGACAUCGAGCUGCACGUCAAAGGGAGGGAGAUAUUCAAGGGAAAGCUGUUUGACACAACUGUUUCUGACGAAGCUACAUGGACGCUGGAGGAUAAGUGUUUAAUCCGGAUCGUCCUGAUGAAGACCAACAGAGAGGCAGGGAACUGUUGGUCGUCACUCUUGGAGGGGGAGUAUUGUGCAAAUGCCUGGGUCCAGGAUCAGAUGCAGAGGAAACUCACACUGGAGCGGUUCCAACGAGAGAACCCUGGAUUUGACUUCAGUGGUGCUGAAAUCUCUGGGAAUUUUGCCGGCGGUGGUCCAGAUUUCUCCAGUUUACAGAAGUGACCGUUGCCUUUACGUUCUGAUGUCCUUUAAUUCCUAAUGAACAGGACUAGGAUUUUUCGAUGUGCAGAAGAACAGUGGUUUCGUCAUGUCACGUAUUUGCAAAGUGACAAACAUUUACCUCCACAGUACUUUGAAUAUAAAAGACUUGUUCAACACAGCAGCCACUUGCCUUGGUUAUGAAAGGCUGUAACGUUAUUUGGUGGAAUGAAAAGCUGCCAUCUUACAGGCAGUCUAGCAGCUGUUGGUGACUUGAUUCUGGUUAAAACCCUUGGAUCUGCAGCCUUAGGAAUUAAACAAAUGCACAGCAGUAGCUUUUCAAUAAAGUCUUUAUUGAAAGGUGCAAGUACAUAAGUUAA